AUGCCGUCAGCCAAAGUUCCUACUUACCGAAUCGACUUGUCUCUCCCACCCGGCCAGCGCUACACCCAAAUUGCAAAAGACUUCGCUGGGGAGCUACAGGCUAUCGCACCACUUUAUGACCUUGUCCUUGCACAGAUCCUGGUUUACCGGCCGAUCAUUAGCGUCGUAAAACUGAUAGUGAGACUUUGUCUACGGAGAGUCUUCAACGACGAUGAGACAAAAGAAAUUCAUUCUAUCUCAAAGGUCGCAGGCAUCGACUUGCAUCUUCUUGUGGCCCUGAAUACCCUCUUGGACUGCCUGCUGGGGUGCACUUCUGGAACUGUCCCAGUUCGUGGCAAUACCGAAGGCUCACCAACACAUCUGAUGCAUUUCCGCACUCUUGACUGGGGGAUGCCCCAGCUAGGUAACCUUCUAGUUAGCCUUGAGUUCGUUGACUCAAAAUCAACACAACCUGGCAAGGUUUUGGCACGGUCCGUGUCGUAUGCCGGCUUCGUAGGAUCUCUUACGGGGGUUAGACCGGGACUAUCUAUGUCACUUAAUCACAGACCACUGCUAAACGCCAAGACGAAAUCAUCAAUUUUCCAUCAAGUUCUUGUUCUCCUUGGUUUGAGACCUUCAAUCUCCUCACAACUCCGCCAAGUACUCCUAGACCCCCACCUAGGAGUCGUCGGUGUGACUCAACAACAGAGCGACAGCGGACUCGUCGCUUUCGCCAAGUCAUUUAUCAAGAAGCCGUCGCCUCCUUGUUAUCUUAUUUUCAGCACACCGAGCGAAGCAGUUGUGAUUCAAAAAGACUUCAUUGGAGGCAACAUCAAAGUGACCCACGACUUUAUCGCUCAAGCAAAUCAUGAUACGGACCACACCAUGUGCUGCGGAGCCAAGGAAUUUCACCAUCGAUCGUUGGCCCUAGGAGAUUCCACCCUUAUUCCUCCUGAGGACGCUUGGCUAUCUCAGUCGGCAGAACGUCAAAACUUUGUCCAUGAUAAUUGGAAGGCUUAUUGCCGGAGAGGCGUGGAUCAGAGGUCAGAAGACUCGACCAACUAUUCAUUUACACAAAACGGAUCCUGUAUCAUGUCGGCUCUAACCAGCGAUGGAGGAGACGAGAAGGUAACAGGUGUUACACCUGAGGUACUACAGAAAUGGGUGUUGUCGGAACCUGUUUUCAACGAGUACACCCAUUUCGCAACGGUCAUGGAUCCGUUGUCUGGCGACUUUGUUUGUCUUGAACGAAGGCUUUAA